AUGAUGUCGGGCCAUAGCAGCAAGCACAGCAGAGGCGAAUCAGAAGAGGAAGAAACAGCAGAAUACAAGUCGUUGGGCGAUGUCUCCCCAAAAGCUCUUUGCAGAGCACUCACAGAGUGUCUGUUUCAUACUCAGCACAGAGCUCACGACCUGGCCUUGCGGCAGUUGCAGCUCGCCCAGGUCAACAUCAGUCUACCGAUGUCAGGCGUCGGCCCCGAGCCAGGACAGCUUGUUGCCCAAACGAUGCCAGCAUCAGAGUUUCGGCAUAUCAGCUUCGGAUCCACGCUUCUGCGCAUCGACUUGACAUCCAAAGCAAUGGGAGGUCAGGCCAAGCUCCUGGAGGAGGCCAAAGGAGAGGUGAACCGCCGCGCUUGCCUCCAUCGCCAGCUGCACAAGACGAAGUUCUGCACCUACUUCCUCAAGGGGGCCUGUCACUACGGCCCACAGUGUGCCUUCGCACACAGCUGCACCGAGCUCCAGGCCAUGCCGGAUCUUCGCAAGACCCGCAUGUGCAAGGCCUUCGCCGAGGGCAAGUGCACCGAUCCGAACUGUGCCUUUGCGCAUGGCGAGCAGGAGCUGGUCUCGACGGGUCUCUUCCAUAAGAUGUCGCUUUGCAAGUGGAACGAAAAGGGCAAAUGCCGAAACGGCAGUCAGUGCCGUUUUGCACACGGACUCGAGGAGCUCCGCGACAUGAAAAAGGCCAUGACGGCCACAGCAGCAGCCUUUGCUCCUCCGGACGUGCCUGCAAAAUCCAAGCCGAUCGAGAAGGCGGAGCCGAUGAAGGUGACCAGUGCGGGGGCCGGUUUGGAGCCGAUUGCCACCGUUGCCGCCUUGGCUGAGGCUGCUGCAGGCUCAUCUCUGACGACUCCUCCUGGGCUGCCGACCUUCAAGUCGUCUCAGCAGCGAACGAGGACAGCUCUGCGGGCCUCUGCCCAAGCCUGGCCUUACCAGGGCAAGUUCCAGACCGAUGGCGAUGAUUCCGUUCCGAUGAUCACGCCGGACAUGUUCGCGUUCUCGCAGGCUUUGGCCGCACAAGCUCUGGCGCCGGGCCCUAUGGAGCUUAGUCAUCUUUCGGUCAUGCUUGCUGAUAUGAGCAGUGCACACCAAUCUUUGGUGGUGUUAAAAUCUGCAGCUACUCAUAGCUGUUGA